AUGAGGGUCUCCUCGGGUUGCGCCAUUUUGGCGACAGGCCUCAUCUCGUCCGUUUCUGCUCAAGACGCAAACAUUACACUUGUUCCCGCGGCUACCGGUUUCGAAGGAGACAACACCAACUUCAUCUACGGCGCAUCACCGCGCCUGGUUGUGAACGAUGGUAGUGCAGCAGAUGGGGGUUUCCGAUCAUUUGCCUUUUCGAACGGAACUUCCCUUGUAGGAAGUUUCCAUGAAAGGAGUGGUCGAUCCAAGAUAGCGGUACCAAUUCACGACAUCGAUGGCCGUGAUCUCAUUGUCAACAUACCCGCGCCAGACUCCUUGAUCAGAAUCUUUGAGGGUCAAACAGGAAAGAGACUUAAAAGCAACAACAAGAUUCAGCUUGGUGAUUGGAGCACUGCCUGCACUUGGCGUAGCGCAAAGAGUGGGGAAAGCUACAUCUUCCUGUUCGGAAAGAAAAUGGUAGUGCAGUUUUUGAUUCGAGAUCGCAAAGACCAACCCGAAGUCUUAGAGGUAAAACCACCUGCGCCAUCUUUUGAAGGAAACUCCGAAGCUGACUUAUUCAAGAUUCAAACUUUUCCUGUCGAUAUCGAGGGCGAGAGUUGCUCUGUUUUUUCCAAUGGCCAAGUCUUCUUCUCAGCCGAGGACCGGCCAUUGUACUCGUUCCAGGCUUCGGAGACCCCCGGAGCUCCGGCAAUCCAGACUGUGGCCAACGACGUGAAGGUUGCUGGCCUAGCUACCUACUAUGGCACUUCUGAGGACUACCUUUUCGUCGCCCAUGACACGACGCUUGAUGUGUAUGACGCGACAGUGAAACUAAAGGGAAGCAUUGCAUUGAGUGGAAUAUCAGAGCUAUCCAUUGAGGGAGGGCUCUCCAUUCUGCAAUCGGCUAUUGCUGGCUAUCCAUCCGGUGUUGUCGCAUUUGCCUUCGAGGGUGAGGAAGACACUGGCGUUGCUGUGGGCUCUCUCUCGGGUGCUCUAGAAUCCCUAGGUAUCCAACCCAACACCAAGUACAAUCCCGCAAGCAAGCCUUGCAAGGAUUGCGAGAGCGCCAUCUCAAAGGCUUGUUCCUACAAUGGAGUUCUUGGUAACGCAGGAUGUUCUUGCUUCGCCGGUUUUACUGGUCGGGGUUGUUCUAAGACGGUCUGCAAAAAUGACUGUUCUGGACAGGGAGAUUGUGUUGGUCCUAACGUAUGCAGCUGCAAAGACUCAUGGGCGGGACCGGAUUGCUCGUUUCUCGCUGUCAAGCCCAAAUACGAGACUGAAGCUAACGGUGGCGACGGCGAUGACCCAGCGAUCUGGAUACAUGCCACCAGGCCGGAUCAAAGCAAGGUCAUUACUACAACCAAAUCUGAGGAAGGCGAGGGCUUUGGUGUCUUUGAUUUGCAGGGAAAGCUCUUGCAACACCUGACGGCGAGCAAACCGAACAACGUCGAUAUCAUUUACAACUUUACAGCUGGUACUCGCACAGUGGAUCUUGCAUAUGCUGCAUGCCGUGGCGAUAACACUCUCUGUCUGGUGGAAGUCAAUAGCACAGGCUAUCUCAGUGAGAUAUCAGGAGGUAUCCAACCUCUCCCCGAAGACUAUGAACCAUACGGGUCGUGUAACUACCGGUCCAAGGUCUCAGGAAAGGAGUACCUGUUCGUAAACAACAAAGCAGCCCAGUAUUUGCAAUACGAGCUUACGAGCAGCUCCAAUGGUACCUUGAAAUCUACCCUCGUACGUGAGUUCCAAGGUGGUUCCGGCGGUCAGGUUGAAGGUUGCGUUAGCGAUGAUAGUGCUGGAUACGUGUUCAUUAGCGAAGAAGGGCUAGGGAUCUGGCGAUAUGAGGCCGAGCCCAAUGGCUCUAAGACGGGUGUUCAAAUCGCCAAGAUAGGUGAUGAGAGCGGUCUCCAGGCUGACGCGGAGGGGCUCACGCUUGUGCCUGCUAAGUCUGGACCUGACGGCUAUAUUAUGGUCUCGUCGCAGGGAAUUUCGUCAUACAUCAUCUAUGAGCGAGCACCGCCGCAUGCGUACGUUAGCAGGUUCACUAUCGUGGACAACAAGAAAAAGGGAAUCGACCAUGUAAGCAAUACGGAUGGAAUUGCUGCGGUGGGCAACGCACUUAACAAGGACUUUCCACGCGGCUUGUUUGUUACGCACGACGAUGCUAAUGAGCUUGCUGAGGGAGGGACUGCGAAGGAGGCGAGCUUCAAGCUGGUGAGCUUGGUCGAUAUAUUGGGAGAGAAGAGAGCGAAGAAGUUGGGCUACUAG